UCAUGUCCUCAGGUCAGGUGAUUAGCUGAACUUUCAUGGCGGACGACCUGACGUGUGCGCACUGAGAAUAUCACUGCAGAAAUCAGAGAUUCUCUAUCUCCCACUCAACUUUCUGUCAAAUCUCACACUUCUAAACGUAUUGGUAAACCCUUGGGACGAAUAAAAUGGCAGCAAAAGAAGAAGAAGCCCAACAGCUGAUGAUCCAGGCCGAGAAGAAAGUGAAGUCGUCCCAGGGAUUUUUCGGCUCCCUGUUUGGAGGUGGCUCUUCCAAGCUGGAGGACGCAGCUGACAUGUACGUGCGGGCUGCCAACAUGUUCAAAAUGGCCAAGAAAUGGAGCGCUGCUGGCAAUGCCUUUUGCGAGGCAGCCAAACUUCAGACCCAACUGAACAGCAAGCACGAGGCAGCCACAUGUUUUGUGGAUGCAGGGAACUGCUUCAAAAAGGCAGAUCCUCAAGAGGCUGUCAACUGCAUUUCCAGAGCUGUGGAAAUAUUUACUGACAUGGGUCGAUUCACUAUUGCUGCCAAGCACCACAUAUCCAUAGCUGAGAUUUAUGAGACAGAGAUUGUGGAUAUUGACAAGGCAAUCUCCAACUAUGAACAGGCGGCCGACUACUAUAAGGGAGAAGAAUCAUCAAGCUCUGCGAACAAGUGUUUGUUGAAGGUGGCUCAGUAUGCAGCCCAGCUUGAGCAAUAUCCCAAAGCCAUAGAGAUCUAUGAACAGGUUGCAGUGACAGCCAUGGACAACAGCCUUCUCAAGUACAGUGCUAAGGAGUACUUCUUCAAGGCAGCUCUAUGUCACUUGUGUGUUGACCUGCUUAAUGCUCAGCAAGCUGUACAGAAGUAUGAAGAGAUGUUUGCAGCUUUCUCAGAUACUCGGGAAUGUAAACUUCUAAAGACUUUGAUGACAGCUCUGGAGGAGCAGAAUGCAGACAUGUACACAGAUGCUGUUAAGGACUAUGACUCUAUUUCUCGGCUGGACCAAUGGCUGACAACAAUGCUACUGAGGAUCAAGAGAACUAUCUCAGGGGAGAUGGAGGAUUUACGAUAAUUACUUCCUCAUACGCAGAUGUCAUACUGCCCAAGGACACAUUUGCUAGCAAUAUAUAGCAUAUUUACCAAUAUGAUCUGCCAUCAGUUUUAUGGAUUGUAGCAUCAUCACGUUACAUGUACUUUUUGUCCUGCAAGGAACAAAUGGACAGAUUGUCCAUUAUGUUCCAUUGAAAUACACAUAUAUGUGCUUAUGCAGAACUGUUGAUCUUUCCAUCCAGACAGGAUUAUUUCUUGCUGAAAAUUAGCAUGAUAGAUUAGUUUCAGAUACAUGUAGGUAAAUGUAAAAUGUACUCAAGACGUAGUGCUAUGACCAUUACACAUCCUUGUAUAUUGUCCUUACUAUGUUUAGAAUUGUUUUAAUCAGUUUAAGAUAAAUUUUGAAUUUCUAUCUUCAGAACUAUUUAUUUGGCCAUCUGUCUUGCUCUUUGGUCAAUGUACAACUGAAGUGUUGGUAAGGAUUUUCACUUUUGUACAUUUAAUGUUCAUUUCACAAGGAUGAUGUGAUGAAAAAUAAGUCACUUAUUUUUUUUUAAGCUUCAGUAAGCUAAAAUGGCUUCAGUAAUUCCAUAGACCUGGCAAACAUCCAACUGCAUUUGGUUUUGUUGAUUUCAAAUUGAGUUUUGUAGAUGUGAUUUUAUGGUUAUCCAACAUUUUCACUUUUUGUUUCGUCAGGCAUAUCUAAUUCUAAGAAAAUACUAAUGCAACACCACUGCUUGAAGCCAAUACCUAAACAGAAAAUGUUUAGAAUGCAGAAAUUGUGGUAUGUAAUUGUAAUUGUAGAUGUUUAGCUUAGAGAAUGAGAAAGCUGGCUCAAAAAUAUACUUGCUUCUCUAGAAAGGCGUUCAACAAGUACUGCUAAGGUACAGUAGCUUGCUGUUAGCUGUAGUUUGAUACAGAUGAAUGUUGAACAAGGAUUAAUAGGCACAAAAUCGAUUGUUUACGUCACAUCUAGUACUUGUAAGAUAUUGUAUUGUUGUUGUGUUUGUGCUGUAAUGUUGUCUACUUGUAUUACAAACCCUGUAUUCUAAAAACCAUGACUUGGGAUAUACUGGAAAUUGCUCUCAUUAUACCACAGAACUUAAAACCUUAGACAAGUAGUUAAUUCAAAAUUGUAUUGAACUUCCUGUAUAAACUAUAGUAGAAGUAACUCGAGAUAUAUUGUAAAGACAUUGUACAGAAAGAAUCUGUCAUGAUACAAGAUUAUUGAUGUUACAAAUAAAGUGUUUGGAAUAUGGAGGUCUUUAGGGAUGAGGCGUGACCAUAUUUCGGGCAAAAUUAUA